CCAGGCAUCAGCACAUCCCCAUUCCCCCUCUCAUCUUUCUCUGAUCUUCUUCUUCUUCUUCCUUGGGUAUAAAUUAAAUAUAUCACAGUUGUUGAAAGCAUAAACGGCCGCAGUUAGUUCUUAGCUUAGCUUGGUGGUUGUGAAAUGGCUGACGCAGCCGGUUCAGGCACGGCGAGGAGAAUGGGGUUCGCCAUACCGGAAAAGGUUCAGCUCCACGUGGCCAUGUUGGCCUUGCAGUUCGGAUACGCCGGCUUCCAUGUCGUCUCCAGAGCCGCCCUUAACAUGGGCAUGAGCAAGAUUGUCUUUGCCAUCUAUCGCAACAUCCUCGCCUUCCUCCUCCUCCUCCCCUUCGCCUAUUUUCUCGAAAAGAAAAACCGACCUCGCCUUACCUGGAACUUUGCCGUUCAGUUCUUCCUCUUGGCAAUUGUUGGAAUUACUGCAAAUCAAGGGUUUUACUUGUUGGGUUUGGACAACACUUCCCCUACAUUUGCUUCUGCAAUACAGAACUCUGUUCCCGCCAUUACUUUCCUCUUGGCCGCCAUUCUCAGGAUAGAAACUGUGAGGCUGGACAGAAAAGAUGGAAUAUCCAAGGUGGCGGGAACUCUGCUGUGCGUGUGUGGGGCCACGGUGAUCACGCUGUACAAGGGCCCCACCAUCUACAGCCCGACAGGUCACCCGUCGCUGCAAAAGAUUCCGGCGAGGCUUUCCCUCGGGGACGCCAGCGGCAAGAACUGGACUCUGGGCUGCGUUUUCUUGAUCGGCCAUUGCCUGUCGUGGGCCAGCUGGCUGGUGCUACAAGCCCCGGUUCUGAAGAAAUACCCGGCCCGCCUCUCCGUCACCUCUUACCAGUGCUUUUUUGGGGUUCUUCAGUUCCUCGCCAUUGCCGCCGUCUUUGAAAGGGAGCCGGAAAAAUGGCAUAUCAAUACCGGCGCCGAACUCUUCAGCGUCUUCUAUGCUGGAGUGGUGGCAUCUGGGAUUGCAUUCGCUGUACAGAUAUGGUGCAUUGAUAGGGGUGGCCCGGUGUUCGUGGCGGUGUAUCAGCCAGUUCAGACCCUCGUUGUCGCCAUUGUCGCCUCCGUCGCACUCGGAGAAGAGUUCUACUUGGGAGGAAUCAUAGGAGCAGUGUUGAUCAUAAUCGGCUUAUACUUUGUCCUGUGGGGCAAAAACGAAGAAGCAAAGUUCGCCAAGGCGGCAGUCACCGGAGCUCAGUCGCCGGCGGCGGACCACGGACCCAGCAGCCACGUCAUCAAGUCAUCUCUGGGUCAGCCACUGCUGCAGCCGACGGACAACGUUUGACCGCCAAAAACCGGCGACACUUUUAUCAUUUACUUUCCCGUCUUACUUUACUUGAAGAAAAAGAAAGGAAGAAAGAAAGAUAUAGCAUGCAGCAGCAUAUGAAGAAGGCUUGAUGUUUUGAGUGUGUACCAAACUCCUUUAAUUUCAGUCUAUUUUAUGUUAUUUUAAAUUAUUAUUCAGUAGCUUUUACUUAAGUUUCAAUCUCUCACUAGGGGAGAGUGAUGACUAGCUUGAAAAAUGAAAAAAGAAAUUUGUGGGGUAUUUUAUGUAUGUCAAAUUUUAUGCCUUUAAAUUAUGAAAAAAGAUGUGCACAAUUAUAUAUGCAGUGAGACUUCUCCUUCA